GCAACACUAUAAUGUAUUUUGUAAGUGAUUAUCACUAAUAUGUGCAUUCUUAUGCACACUUUACCUUAAUGUGCAUUUUUACAGACAUUACACACAUUUUUACAGACAUUACUUGACUGGAGACGUGCACAGCAAAAUUCAGAGAAGUGUGGAUUUAGUAAGGCGGGAUUUCAAAGGCAAAAUUGAUGUGGUGGUGGUGAAUUUCCUAAAGGUGGCACUUAGUCCUGGAUUUUAGGCAAGUCAAUAGAAAAAUCGCCUUUUUUGGUUUUUGGUCCUGGCUUUUACUUUUUGAAAUAUGGCAACCCUACCCGAUCCCUACUGCAAACCAAUCAGAUAAAGAGGCAAUAGGGACUGGAGAAGAGGGCUGGAAAGACUUGGAGGAGGAGCGCAGAGAAGACUGUGACGCAGCAACGGAUGGCAUUUGCACUCGAUGGCAUCACUGUUCCAGCAGACAUUGGGUAAAUGUGCAACGUGUUAAUUGUACAUAUCAAUGCAUUUUAUCUUUCGUAGCGUUUUCUAUUGUAAAAGAUUGAAAGGAAGUCAACAGGAAAGGCUGCGUUUUCCUUUAUUCUUGAUUAGCAUGAAUACAGAAUCCCAGAGGGGGCAGUACUGCUGUCGCUUCUUAAUUUCCCUGGUCUCCCAGAGCAUCAGUACUACUUGAGAGAGGCAGAACAGGCCAGCUGUUAAGAAUGGGGGCAGUAAAGAUACUCUGUUUGCCCAAGGAUUAAUCUUUUUGAUAAAGAAAUGGAGAGAGGGAAGCUCUAAUGCAGGUGGAAAGCAGAGAGAGCUGUCUUCUCCCUUCCUACGGUGAGUGUCCUACCAGUGCCUACCAGUCAGAUGAAGUGCAGGUGGUAAGUAGAAAAAUCCAUUUACUGCUCAAGCAGUUAUGAACUCCUGCCUAAAUAUUUCUAGGUCUAUUGAGGAAACUGAAGAGACAGUACAGGUUAUGCCUGAAACAGCCGCUUCUGCAUGUUUGAGCAAGGUGUAAAUAGUUUUCUUAAAAACAAGACAUUUUAAUAUUGUGUGGGUUCCUUUUUAAAAAAAGGAAAAGGUUGUGCAAGGUCUAUUUUUACUAGGAAACAAGAACAUUAUCAAUGCAAAAUAAACCCAGUAGGGCCCAGCCUACCUCUGAGUAUUUAUGUGUAGGAUUGUGCUGUUUUGUCUAUUGCAAAAAAGAAACAGGGAAAAAAAUAAUGCAUCUGGUUAAGUAGACUAAUAUCAUAAGCUUGUUCAUCUUUGUAGUGGCACAAGAAUCUUCACAGUGCUGGAUUUGCACACAAGCUAAGUAAGCGAUAGUUUAAGGUCUCAGUUUAAGAGGGGCCUUUAAAUAGAAAAAAAAUAUUACAAGAAAAAUAUUGAAAGAGUUUUAAAUUCAAUGUCAUGUGCAGAACACACCCGGUGCAUGGUGUAUUGCUUCUCCAAUUUGCUAAGUUACGUGUGUAAUUGCUCGUUUCUUCCAGUAACCUUAAAAGUUUUCAUGUAUGCCAAGUAAGAAGUCAUAUUAUAUUUUUCAUUUAAAGGUAUUUUGUAUGCAAAUGGACAUGUUUUAGUUAGGUUUUUAAUUGUCAGUUGCAUCUUUGCCCAGGUACCGGUAUACAUGCAAAUAUAAAAGUUUAUUAUUUCUAUUUACAUUGUCCUAUAACUGCGGGAGGCAGUGCAAGACAGGAGUGCCUGGCGUGCUAUGGUCCAUGGGGUCACGAAGAGUCGGACACGACUAAACGACUAAACAACAACAAUCUAUUAGAAUACGCCUCCCUCCACGCCAGGGAAUAAGGAGUGUGUGAAGCUCUACAUCAUGAACAAGAGGGCGAUGAAGGUUUACAUUGGGAUCUGCUGCCCCUGUGGAUCCUGCUGCCUGAGGUACCGUAGUCGCCUCGCCUUGCCUAAUGGGUGAGCCGGCCCUGAUUGUGAAAUAUGCAUGGUUUUGGCAGUGUCUUCUUUUCUGACAUAGGAUCAAUAACAUAAAACCCACCUAAAUUCACAGGUAGGGAAAGACCAUGAGCCAAUGGUGGGAAAUAUGUAGAAAAUCAUGGGUUCAGUCUCCAGCAACUCGAGGGAGGGCUGGGAAAGAUCCCUCACAGGAACCCUGGGGAGAUACUGUGCACCAGCAGCUGGAAAAAUCAGUGGCCUGGCUCAGUAUAAGGCAGUCUCUUGUGUCCACAUAGCUCAGAAUCUAAAGUAAUUCUCGUGUUUUAUUUUAUGAACACAUCAUCAACUUGCAUUCAAUUAAUAUUCCAUGAACUUUGUGCAUUUUGGGGUUGAGGUAGACGAUGUAGGCAUUUAUCCAGGCAAUAAAUAGAUAUUUAGAGACUGGUCUUGCUAAGAAAAUGCAAAAUAGCUGGUGGAAGAUGUGAGAAAGUUUUCUUUGGGGUUUUUUGUUUUAUUUCCUCCCUCUAGUUUCACAAUUAAUAAUCUAAGAGUUAGUUUUCCUUCUUCUUUUCAUUUCAGUAAGAUGCAGUGGAACAAAAAGAAGCAGUGUGAGCUAGCUCUAAAUUUUCAGUGCAUUUCCAGAUCAGUGUAAACUAUUGAAAUUGGCGUUCUGUUAAAAGCACCGUUUUAAAGAUCGGCUAAACAUCUAAACUAGGAUUAAACAUCAAGGGCCAUGAAGAGUCUGCGUUUUGAAGACAUCAUCAUGCUUAGAUGAAUGUGGUACUGUAGCUUGAGAAGUCAUAAUCUUCAAAUUUAGAAUCUACUCAUGGGAGAGGGAGAACAUGAAAAGGGCAAGAACUACACUUGGCUAUUAUGAAUGUGUCCACAACUGAAACUCAAGCAAACAAAUCAGAUUUAAUACAAACGCUAGUGGUUGUAAAAGGAGGCCUUUAUUUGGCUAACUUCAUAUUCAUAACUGCAUUGACUAUAUUAAUAAUCAAGACUGUGAGACAGAACUCUAAAAUGGUGAAGGAAGUGAGAUACUUCCUCCUGUGCCAUCAUCUUCUCUGUUGCUCUUUAUUCUGUUGUUCUGGCAUGGUGUCCAACGCGAUACAAAAAUUUAAAGUGCAACAAUUCUGGAUCUGGAUCACCUUUGGAGUACAAACAGCAAUUACAGAAACAGUGCUGGUAACGCUGGCUUUGAUGGCAAUUAACACUUGCUUAGCAGUUUGCUGGCCUUUGAGAUACCUGGCCUUUGUACACUUGGUGAAACGCAAAGCUAUAGCUUGUGUUUGGAUUGGAACAAUCCUCAAAUCUGCAUGCUUGAUCAUCGUGGAACGUUCAGCAGGAGAUCCGAGGGACAUAUAUGAAGCAGAGCUCUCUUGCCCAACUAUCCUGGGUGGUGAUUUUGCCAAAAUUACCGGAAUUCUUCUCAUUUUGCUUCUUGCAGCCGUCAUGGUAGCUGCUUAUUUUCUCCUAUGGAGAGAAGGAAAGCUCAGCGGUCAUUUUAACUGUUCAAAUAAGGCGGCCAGAAAAACAGUCAUUAUUCACGGUGUACAAAUGAGCUUACAUAUUCUUCCACCCUUAAUCUUCACAGCCAUUGGAAAAGGAUCGGAACACGUUCAGAUAAAAUUUGGAGCUUUUGUUGUUUUCUUAUUUGCACAAAGCUUCAGCCCUGUGGUUUAUGGGCUGCGGAACAAAGAACUUCUGGACAAGAUAUGUAUGAGACGAGAAAGAAAUCAAUACAGUAACUUCUUAGUAAAGUACAAUAACUACCCACCGCAACUUCAGGUGGUAGAAGGUUCAGCAAAUGGAUGGGCCACUUCUCAGUGUAGUGCAGAAGCACUUUCAAGUCAGCAUUAAAAGAUAGAGAGGUAAAGAGACCCCUGACCAUUAGGUCCAGUCGCGGACAACUCUGGGGUUGCGGUGUUCAUCUCGCUUUACUGGCCGAGGGAGCCGGCGUACAGCUUCCGGGUUAUGUGGCCAGCAUGACUAAGCUGCUUCUGGCGAACCGGAGCAGCACACGGAAACACCGUUUACCUUCCCGCCGGAGCUGUACCUAUUUAUUUACUUGCACUUCGUGGUUUCAAACUGUUAGCCUUCAUUAAACCAUAUCACACAUCAAGGAAUAAUUCAACUCACAUAACUGAAUAUACCAACCUAUUAUUUUUAAAACCAGAUUUUCAGCCGCAAAGUUGGAAGCCUUGGGUGCUAUAUCUUUGCUUUAAAGUUUAAAGGGUAACUAGUGGAAAAGACACAGCACAAGCAAAGGAAACCAUGGAAAAGGGAGAGGGUAAGGCACUGCCAGACAGGCUACUAGAAAUGGUACACUCUAGAAUCUCUAGUACAGUCAUACCUGGGAAGUCAAACGGAAUAUGUUCCGGAAGUCCGUUUGACUUCCAAAACAUUCAGAAACCAAAGUGUGGCUUCUUGAUUGGCUGCAGGAAGCUCCUGCAGCCAAUUGGAAGCAGCAGAAGCCCUGUCGGAUGCUUGGCUUCCAAAAGAACGUUUGAAAACCGGAACACACUCUCUGAGGUUUGUGGAAGGAGGAGAGGAUGCACUAGGAGACACUUCCCCAUCAUCCAUGUUCAUGAAAAUUUCAGCAGUUCAGCAUAGGAACAAAUUUCAGAAACAUCAAGCCAGGUUUCUUGCAGCUAGGGAGCUUUCAAAGGAUGCAACUAGCACAGCGUUUUUCAACCGCUGUUCCGCGGCACACUAGUGUGCUGCGAGACGCUGGCUGGUGUGCCGCGACGAGAAGGGCGAUUUGUUGCCUGGUCACGUGCCGCGACGAGAAGGCGGCCGCCAUUAGGGGGCGCUGACCCGCCGGAAAGGAAGCCGGCCGGCUCACGACACGGGGCGAGGGGCGGCUGCACCGGGCGCAAAAUCUGGGAGGGCGCGCUCCGACGUUCGCACUCGCUUCCAGUCUAGUCCCGCGAGUGGCGAGCGCAGCACAGCGCUCCUUGGCCGGCCAGGC